CCACUUGAAGCAGUGCACGCCUCAACUCAACGGAUGACGAAGACGCCAGAGCAUCAACUACCAGCGCCGUUCUCAAGCGCGUCUCUCCCCUGUCGACGUCAUGAAGGUCAAAAUCACAAAGUGGAACGCUGUUGCGACAUGGCGAUGGGAUAUUCCCGAAGACGAUGUCUGUGGCAUCUGCCAGGUCCACUUUGAUGGGACAUGUCCAACGUGCAAAUAUCCUGGGGACGAUUGCCCCCUUCUAUCUGGGAAAUGCGGGCACAACUUCCACAUGCACUGCAUCCUUGAAUGGAUAAAACAAGACUCGGCAAAGGGCCAAUGCCCCAUGUGUCGUCAGAGAUUCGAAUGGACUGAGCAGCCGAGCGAAACCUCAAUGGACAUGACGCAAGGAGCCUCUGAUGUCUGAGACCCGAGCCAUUGAUAGUCUAGAGCUUGACAACAAAGAGAGUGCAAGGGGCGUGCAGGUGGAUGGGUUAUAGCAUACCAGCUUCGAGGAGGAACUGCGUUGUUGAGCAGUGUUAUAGCCGAGGAGCAACACCCUCAAGUUAGACAGGUGUCAGAAAUUGGUCGACAACAGAUGGGAUACUGCGCGUGUUAACAGCUCCUAGGGAGCGCAGAUUACAGACAAGUCCAUACCUUAGCAUAGCGUAUAUUUAUCAUCGUUACUUUAGGAUAUAUUUAUUAUGAGACGGGAAC